ACCUAUCUGGAAGGGCCCUGCACUGGGAGGCCAAGGAAAGGACGUCAGUCAAGGACCUUACUCCUAGGGAGGGACCCAGAGCCACUGAGAUUCGGGAGGCUACGCUGGCCUGUCUGGCUGGGCAUCCAAGCGAGUCAGAGAGUUCAGUCAUGUUCGCCCACGCGGUGAAGCGCAAGAAUAAGACCCUUCGCUACUAAGUUCCCACGUUGUUGCUGAUUGUUGGAGGUUCUUUUGGUCUUCGUGAGUUUUCACAAAUCCGUUAUGAUGCUGCGAAGAUUAAAGUGAGAUAACGCUUCAGAGCGGCAGCCAGAACCACGACUCCCAGCAUUCCUGGCGCUCGCCGCUCUCCUGGCUUCCUCUUCCGGUUCGGGGGUUACUGAAACCGAAAGUGCGGUGCUGUGGCCGCCGCCGGGGUGAUUUUCACCUUCGCCUGCGCGAGCCCUCGCUGACCCAGGUUGGGAAGCCAGACAAGAGUAAAAUAUGAACGGAAGAGUGGAUUACUUGCUUACUGAGGAGGAGAUCAAUCUCACUAGAGGACCCUCAGGGCUGGGCUUCAACAUCGUCGGUGGCACAGAUCAGCAGUAUGUCUCCAAUGACAGUGGCAUCUUCGUCAGCAGCAUCAAAGAGAACGGGGCUGCAGCCCUGGAUGGGCGGCUCCAGGAGGGUGAUAAGAUCCUCUCGAUAACUGCAUUCUCUCCAGAACACUGGGAACUAGGCUCCAUGGUGAAGAGGGACUUGAAAAAUACAGGGGUUAAGAAGAGAGCCAUAUUACUCAAAAGGCUUUGGUUAAAGGUAAACGGCCAAGACCUAAAGAACCUGCUGCACCAGGAUGCUGUAGACCUCUUUCGUAAUGCAGGCUAUGCUGUGUCCCUGAGAGUGCAGCACAGGUUACAGGUGCAGAAUGGGCCUAUAGGACAUCAUGGUGAAGGGGAGCCAAGUGGUAUUCCCAUAACUGUGGUGGUGGUGCCAGUGUUUGCCCUCAUCGUGGUAGCAGCCUGGGCCUUCAUGAGAUACCGGCAACGACUUUGAAAAGCUUGCUUUCUUCUAGUGCUCCCAAAGAAGAAGAUACAUUUCUCUCUUUCUCUCACCCUCCUCCCCUGCCAUUCUCCCAUAACUUUCCCUCUCUCUACAUAGCCAACACACAAUUUAAAGAGACUGCUACCCAACCAGAACCUUGCUGCUCGAAAUCUCUAAAUCCUCAUACUCUAGUGGGAGAGUAAAGGCAUUGUUUGAAGGAAAGCUGAAAGAAGGACUUGCAUAGAACAAAUGAAGAGUUAUAUAUUUUACUAGGACCACCAAUAGAAGUUCAGCUGCAACCCAGAGAGGAAGAGGUCCAGUCUUCCCAUCACCAUGCGUGAUUCCUUUUUUCUUACCUGGCAUGUGUCAAAGAUCAGCUGUAAUAAGAGGAAGAAAGGAUUUUUGUCUUUAAUGAUCUUCGUUGGGAAGUUUUUGUGGCCUUUAUUUAAUUUCUAACUACCUACUUGGGCACCUACUUUGUAUCAAACAAAGGAAUUCAGAAAAAGAAAGCUGUCACGUAAUGGCAUCAGGCCAGAGUGGAAAGGGAAGGCUUUUAAAAAUAAAAACCCCAGUUAAGACCUUGCCUCUGGGUCACCUAUUGGUAUAAGAAGAAACUUGCUGUAAACAAUCCUAAGAGGAUUUUUGCCUUCAGACCUGAACUGUUCAGUACCUCUGAGACUCACUUAGACAACUGCAUUCAUAGGUUCCAUGGAGAAACCCUAACAGUAUUCCAGUUGUGACCUCAACCAGCCCCUCUGUGGAGGCACAACCCCGGGUGCCCUCCCUGUAUCUGGAGGAAUGUGCGGCAGCUUCUGCAGUGGGCCUGCUUUCCUCCCAGGAUUCCUUUCGGGGUUUGGACAUUAACUCCUGAGAGGACCUUGAGACAUACAAAAGGAAGCAAAUGGCAAGCAGGAAGGAAAGCUAUUUUAUUUUUUGUUUGUUGGUAUAUGUAAAUAAAAACACCUAUCCUAUCCCAUCAUUGGUAGAGGUUUUGCUUUGGUUGAUAAUAGGGAUUCCAAUGCACUUUAAUAAUUCAGGUUUUCUCUGGAAUUAAAUAGCAUUUAAAGAUCAAUAUAGUAAAGGUUUAGGCAAGUAUGCUACUUCAAUUAUAUUCUUAUUUCUGAUUCUCUAGAAAAUUAAAUUAUCAUAGAUGAAGUAUUGGAGCCCAUUGUAGGUCAUUACAAAAUUCAUCCUAUUUAUAGAUUGAAUCUAACAUUUCUAUCACUUUAUUGAUUGUAGCUAAUAUUCUUCCCACCUAAAUUACUAUGUUCAAAGUUUUAAAAAUUGAAUGAAAAUCUUUUUUAAGACAUUUACUUAAAACACUUCUCUACAUUUAUCAUCCUAUAUUAUACAUACAAUUCUAAUAAGACGUUGUUUGCUUCAAUCGUCUCUUUUCUUUUCCUGCCAAGUUUUAACCAAUGCUAUUGAUUUAACUUAAUCACACCAUCUAGACAUGUAUAAUAGAAAAAGGAAAUUAAUACCUGUUACUACAUUCUGUGCCAGGUACUAAACUACACCCUGAUUGGUAGCACUGUUUCUUCAUGCCUCACAACUCUGAAGUCUAUUGUUAAAAAGACACUAAGGAGAAUAAAUUGUUCUACUAAGAUUACAUAGGUGGUAAUAAUAGAAUCAGGAUUUAAACUCAGGACUUCAGGUGCCACCACCAAUAUUUCCUUACUGGCAGUGGUUCUCAAAGUGAGGUCUCUGGACAAAAACAUCAGCAUUACCUGGGAACUUGUUAGGAAAGCAAAUUCUUGGGCUCUACCCUAGACCUACUGAAUCAGAAAUUGAGUAGGGCACCCAGCUAUCUGUUUUAAUAGUCCCUCCAGGUGACUGAUGCACAUUAAAGUUUGAGAAUCACUGCUCUAUGCCAAUAGUCACCUUUUUCUCAGGUUAGAAUCACCCAGAGAGCUGAUAAAAAUUCUGAUGCCCAGGCUGCACCUAGAUCAAUUAAGCAGAAUCUCUAGGAGUGGGAAUACGGCAGCAGUAAAACAGAGUUCAUCAUGUAAUUCCAGUGUGCAGUGUCAGAAAGAAAAAAAAAAAAACGCUCUGGCAUUUAAACCUAGACACUAAAUUAUUGAAUUACAUACGUGCAUUGCUCCAGCCAAAAAUGAGAAUUUCACUUGGGCCUUUUUGGAGCCCAGCUCUGCAUUAGCUUCUGCCUCAAGUAUAGAUGUGGAAUAAGAAGUGGAGCAGUAUUUGGCUUCUGAUUUGCUAAGGACUGACCAAACUCCAGCAAAAUGUAUUAGUGAGCGUGUCAGUGUGUGCAUCUAUUAAAUUAAAACCAAAUCAUAGAACAUUGGAGCUGAAAGAUUCUAGGAUGAAUCUGUCUUAAAGAUGAGAAAAUCAAGGUUCAGAGACGUGAACUAACUUAACCCAGAUCAAAGACUUAGUCUGUGGCAGAGGUGCCCUUUCUGUCUCAUAUAUAUGUCUUGAAUGUAUCCACUAUAUGAACAUAGACAAAACUAUCCUUUUUAUCUCAGUCCACUUCCAUCUUCUUUCUUUGGGCCUUGAAUAAAUAUCAGAAGAACUGACUGACAGCUGAAGGGUAUUGCAAGCAUCAUGCAGAAUUGGGAGAUUACAGAGUAAUCUGAGAAAGACCUUGUAUCAAAUUCAAUCAGAUGAGCUCUUCUGAGACUGAUUCCAAUAGUUCAAAACUAGAAAAGUUGUGUUUUUUUUACAUUGGACAUUGUUUUUGUUGUGUAGAUAAGCAAUUUUUAAAAUAUUUUUUUAAAUGAAACAACAUAAGGUUCUCAACUAUGUGGGGGAGUAGAGUUCAUGUAAUUUCAUGUGAAGCCAAUAAAGAUUUUAUUCUAAUCUAUUUUAGUUGAAAUUUA